GUGGACUUAUUCCACCAGUCCUUGUUGCGAGCCCGCCGGCAUUUUGAUUCAAAAUGUCCUCGGAAGCUCAGAAUUAUUCCGGGGAUGAAGGAGAGGAGUACAAUAGCCCCUACAGGAAAAAUCCGCCUCGGGUUCGGAAGAAAAACCGGUACUAUAGUGAUGAUUAUUAUGAGCCCCCAACAAAUUACAAACCCCGAUUACUACAUUCCCCAAGACCCCCUGUACAAGCAGAAGAAAUGUCACCAAAAGUGAGAAAGCCUGCUAAACUGCAUAAAUCAAUGAUUGGGCAUAUGCCCUGGCGUACGCAAAUGCAUCAUCCUGAAAGGCGAAUGGCACAAACAAAUGCCGUCCGUCUGCGGAAUGUUUUGAAGCUACCGAAGGCACAUAAAUGGGUGUUUUACGAGUGGUUCUACUCCAAUUUGGACAGACCUUUAUUACUAGGCGAAAAUGAUUUCCGCAUUUGUCUUCGUGAGAGCUUUCCAAACGUCAAAACUCGCCGUUUAUCACGUGCUCAUUGGUCACUACUACGUCGUUUGAUGGGAAAGCCACGUCGUUGUUCUACAGCUUUCUUUGACGAAGAACGUCGUUCCCUUAAUGAAAAGCGUGAAAAAAUCCGCACCUUGCAAGCUACUCGGUCAGUGCAACUAGAGUUCCUAAGAGAUCUCCCGGACGAUAUGCACGUUCCAAUGCCACUAAUAAUAGGAACGAAAAUAACUGCUAGGGUUCGCUACCCAACGGAUGGUUUGUACACUGGGAAAGUCGAUGCUAUCGAUGCAUUAAGACAUUGCUAUCGUGUCACUUUCGAUAAGCCUGCUCUUGGCACUCGGUCAAUACCUGACUAUGAAGUCCUGAGUAUUUUACCCCAAGAAACUAUACCCUUGUCUGCAUACAAAACCCAGCACAAAGCCAGUCGUAAUCUUUUCAUGAGUCCCGCUCGACUUCUGGCACAAUCUGCUUUACAGGGCAAACGUCAUCAUAUGCAUCAUCAUAAAUUCGGACAUGGAAUAGGACAGGGUGGUGGUGGGUCCGGUGAUUUAGCUGUUCAUGACUGCCCUUUAUGUCAGUCGGAAGCUGCAGCUGCAGCUAGUGGUGGGACUAUUGGUGGUAGUCCGUCGACGAGAACUCCAAACUUCAUGACCACCACCUCUACCACUAAUAAUAAUAAUCUCUUGUCAACCCCGUUAAAACUUCCUGCAAUUAGCAGCGGUGACGUUGCUGCAUCAAUGGGCAGUGCUGCACUAUCUUUGAAUGAAUCUUCAGGUGGUCGCUUACUUCUCAAUGAGGCCGAUAUAUAUGGAGGGUAUCCAAUGAAAUUUUUAGUCAUGGUGACAAAAUUAUCUAAAAUUCUAGAAGUUAAGAAACGAUGUGUUGAUGAAUUACAAGAUUUAAAUGAUGAAGCAGAACGAAAAAUAUCUAAUAAAGCUGAAUUAUCUUUAGAAUUUCAACAUACAUAUCUCACUUUGGUUAUGCAUUUAGAACGUUUAAAUAAAGAAUUAAAUCAAUAUUUAGUACAUGUAUUACAAUAUGCAAAUGAAAUUGCUCAAGAACAUGGUGUAGCGCCGUUAGAACAAGCAGCUGAUUUUAAACAGCGUUGUGAUGAAGAUGCCUAUGAAAUCGUUACACGAAUAAAGAGUAUGCAGAUGUGCGAUUUGCAUCGAUACCACCAUUAAGUAAUAAGAAAUCCACGCAGAAUGCAAGUAUGCCAAAAAGAGAUAAAUCAGUUGCAGUCCUCAACAUGAACUACGAAAUCUAAACAACCCUUGCAAAUGAAUAAAAAUUCAUCCUUGUUGCACAAGCUCAGUCAACAAUGCGUUGGGCGUUAGAAGUGAAAGGUACUGGGUUCGGGUCUCAAUGUAAACAUUGAUACCAUAUGGUUGUAGUUCCAUCCAGCUGAUGAGUUUCGAAUAGGAAAAAGCUCAAAAAUUCCGAAAUUUGAAAACAGUUGAUCUGAUUACAAAACUUGUCAGUUUACUUGUACAAAUUCGUUCAUUAAGUGAACAUGAAGAAUCUACAUAUGAUUGUUCUAGUAUACAAGAAUCUUUACAUGAAUUAAAAUCAAGUAUUCAUUCUAGUAAUGUUCAUGUAUUUGAAAAUAGUGUGGAAAUCUCUAUCCAUCACACAUUAAGCGGUCUUUGUACAUUAAGUAAUUUAAAUUCAUUUUUAUAUACACAUCCUAAUCAUUUGCAUUAUUUAUAAUAAUAAUAAUGAUAAUCAUCAUCUUCUUUGUGAAUAAAUCAACAAAUCAAUGAUAUGAAAGUACCAUUAUGUUGAUGAUUUUCUCCCGGAAAAGAUAAACGAUACACAAAAAGAGGAUGAAUGAUGAUUGUGUAGUAUCUUUAUUAAGAUUUUCGUUAUUCAUUAUUCUUUUUUUGUUUGUUGUUUUUCCUUCUUUGGUGAAGUAAAAUGUUUAUGUUUAUAUAAAUAUGAAUUUGUUCUCACGUAUAUUGUUUUUUUUUCUGUUUUGUUUUGUAUAAAAAUAUAUAUUGUAUUUAUUUUUUUA